CGGCGGCGCGACCAGCGGACGGGGCGAGCCGCCCGGGCAGCGGCUCCGAGCCCGGAGGAGGCCCCGGCGGGGCGGGGCGGGGCGCGCGCCAGCUCCCGGCCCGGGCACCUGAACUUGAACAAGUUGCCGGAGCCGCUCGGGCCGAGUGACCUUCAGGUCGAGGGAUCCAGCUUGCCUUCGGGCACCUGCAGCCACCUGCCAUGGCCUCUCGAAUUGGCCUUCGGAUGCAGCUCAUGAGGGAGCAGGCUCAGCAGGAGGAGCAGCGGGAGCGUAUGCAACAACAGGCUGUGAUGCAUUACAUGCAACAGCAACAACAGCAGCAGCAGCAGCAGCUGCCAGGACCCCCCACCCCAGCCAUCAACACCCCAGUGCACUUCCAGUCCCCACCUCCUGUUCCAGGAGAGGUCCUGAAGGUACAGUCAUAUUUGGAAAACCCCACUAGCUACCAUCUGCAACAGUCACGAGACCAGAAAGUGCGGGAAUACUUGUCUGAGACUUAUGGGAACAAAUUUGCUGCUCACAUCAGCCCUGCUCAGAGCUCCCCAAAGCCUCCUCCAGCUGCUUCUCCUGGGGUCCGGGCCAGCCAUGUGCUCUCUUCCUCUGCAGGCAAUAGUGCCCCCAAUAGCCCGAUGGCUAUGCUCAAUAUCGGCUCCAAUCCAGAGAGGGAGCUCGAUGAUGUUAUUGACAACAUCAUGCGCUUGGAUGACGUCCUGGGAUACAUCAAUCCAGAGAUUCAGAUGCCCAACACGUUGCCUCUGUCCAGCAGCCAUCUGACAGUGUACAGUGGAGACCCCCAGGUCACGGCCUCCCUUGUAGGUGUCACUAGCAGCUCCUGCCCUGCUGACUUGGCCCAGAAGAGAGAGCUCACAGAUGCUGAGAGCCGAGCCUUGGCCAAGGAACGACAGAAGAAAGACAAUCACAACCUUAUUGAAAGAAGACGAAGAUUCAACAUUAAUGACCGAAUCAAAGAACUGGGCAUGCUGAUUCCCAAGGCCAAUGACCUAGAUGUGCGCUGGAACAAGGGGACUAUCUUGAAGGCUUCAGUCGAUUAUAUUCGUCGGAUGCAGAAGGAUCUGCAGAAAUCCAGAGACCUGGAGAACCACUCUCGGCGCCUUGAGAUGACAAACAAGCAGUUGUGGCUUCGCAUUCAGGAGCUGGAGAUGCAGGCCCGAGUCCAUGGCUUACCUACAGCUUCCCCGUCUGGUGUUAAUAUGGCGGAAUUGGCCCAGCAGGUGGUAAAACAAGAGCUCCCCAGUGAGGAGGGCCUGGGGGAGCCCUUGCUCCCCACUGCUGAGCUCCCUGACCAAGAGCCCUCUCUGACCCUGCCUCCUCAACCCCCACCACCCCCACCCCCACCCCUGCCGCCGCAGUCUCCAUACCAACUGGACUUCAGCCAAAACUUGAGCUUCAGCGGGGGUGAGGGGCCGCAGGGUUUCCCUGACCCCCUGGGACCCGAGCACGGCUCCCUCUUCCCCUCCCUGUCCAAGAAAGAGCUGGACCAUCUGAUGCUUCUGGACGACACCAUGUUGCCCUUGGCCUCCGACCCCCUCUUCUCCACCAUGUCACCCGAGGCCUCCAAGGCCAGCAGCCGCCGUAGCAGCUUCAGCAUGGAGGAAGGGGACAUGCUGUGACCCCAGCCAUCCCCCUCCCAAUCCCCAGAGCUGGGGAGGAGGGACAAGCCCUGGGGGGUUGGGAGUUAGGGACGUGUGACGGGGAGUGCUCUCUUCCUCCCACUUCCCUCCAAUCUGCACUCGUGUGUGAUUAGCGACCUGUGUGGACACUGGCUCCCCCACUCCUGCCUCCCCCACUCUUCCCAAUCCUGUGCUCCCAACUCUAGGCCUCCCAGCCCAGCCAGGCCCCUGACAUGCAGGACGUGCUUCAAGGGACUGGGAGCUGGAGCUCUCAGGGGGCGCUGGAGAUCUCAUGGGGGGCCAGCCUGGUUCCCUAGGACCCCAUAGUUCCCCGUAGCACUCUUCCCCCCUAUUCCCCCUCUCUGGGGAUGGAGUAGGCAGGAGUGGGCAAGAGUCUGCCUGCCCUGACACAGAGACCUGCAGGGCUAGGCCCUGAGGGCUGAGAUCAGCUUGGAUAGGAUGGGGGGGGGGGCUAGUGUGGGAGAAGAGGCUCAGCCAUGACAGGUGGCAGCAUACCAGGAGUUCCAAAGGGGCUUCUAGCUCCUACCCUGGCCCCUUCCCCUAACCAGGCUGCAAGGGGAGUGUGCAUAUAUAGAGGGGGAAGAGCAGAAGCAUCUCCUGAGAGAGGCUCCCUGUUCCUCACCCUUAGCCCCACCACUGGCUCAGCAAUGCCCUGCUUCCGUGGAGAUUAGUACUUGGGACCCCUGCAGAGAGGGACUGGAGCCCAGUGCUCCCUCACCUCUUGCCACAGACCUGGAGUGGCCCCCCACUUUGGUGCUAACUGCCUCUUUUCCCAGGACCUUGUGAGGGUGGGGCCGUAGAGGAGACCAGUGGCUGUACCCCUGCAGGAGCAGCUCCUUCAUGGGAGGCUGGUGCCAGGGCAGGGGGGUUGGGGCUAGGGUGCGCUGUCAGGGGGGCAGCCAGGCUCUGGCCUCCUCCGCCUUGUGCCUUAGUAAACACUUUGCUUUGUA